CCUUAUAUAAUGAUACAGUUCGUUUUCUUCGGCAACCAAGCUGCUGAACAGUCUCAGUUCCGAGGCAACUCUUGAUUGCAAGAUAGUGUCAUGUUCAUGGCAUAUAUAGCGUUACAUUCCUGCAUGUGAAGGAAGCCAUGCCAGACUCCGCUUCUGUUUCAAGCAUUGGCACCAGCUUCGGAGGAAGUGCCGCGCAAAGCAGCGGCGCCAGGGGCUUAAUACACGAGCCUGCUGGCGCGGGUCAAGAUGAAGGCUUCGAAGAAAGCUCGUCGCUACAGCAAGGCGUAUUUGGGGUCCUGUACACUGUGUCCAAGGAGCACAAGGCCACACUGCGGUUUGCGGUGUUGCGCCUGGUGCUGGACUUCUGGCAGCUGUGGCUGCUGGUGGUCAACCCGGCUUACGGAUUCGACAUCAACGUUGACAGCAAGCUUUGGAAGGCUAUGUCCCUUGUGCAGCUGGACUGGAUCUUUGCGGACCGGGGCUACACCUUCUUUCUCAUCGUGCUUUACAUGCUGCUGGCGUUGCUGGCUUUCAAUGUGUUGCUGAGCAUGUGGGUGGCGUACCAGUUUUCAAACAACCGCUUUGACCAAGUCUGGCCCAUCGCCUUCCUGCGCUGGUUCGGCCUCAUCUUUUUCCAGGUCCUUGACAUUGCCACACUGACACUGCUUCUGGGCACGCUGGAUUGCCACUACAUGGGCGGCCCGCCACAGCUGCGGUACUACAACGCACUGUUUCCAGAAGUCUAUUGCUGGUCCAUGCCUCACCUGGUGCACGUGGCGGUGUCGGUGGUGGGGCUGCUGGUGUUCGAGGUCAUGGCCAGCGCCAUGGUGCUGAGCCAGAUGGACCUGAACCCGCUUUCACGGCAGCCGCUGGCGAUCAUGCACUCCAGUACCGAGGGCCUGUGCUUUGGCCUCAAGUCCAUAGCCGCCAUCGCCGCCGUGAUGCUGGCCGGGGACGUGCGCUGGCUUGCGGUCUUGUACCUGGCCGUGUUUGCGGCGCUGCUGUACCUGCAGCUGAAAUGGGUGCCCGCCACGUACGCAGUUGUGAACUACGCCCGCUGCGCCACCUACGGCUGCGUGCUGUACUGCUCUGCGCUGCUGUGCGUGCUGGCUUUCAUGACGCCAUCCGCCCGGCAGCCGGAACGGCGCAAGGAGUUCCAGCACCAGGUCACACUGGCCUUGUGGAUCGGCAUGGGCCCCGCUGCCCUGGCCGGCAUGGCUGCGUGCUGGGCGCGGCUGCAUUACUUCUGCGUCGUUGUGGCAGAGAGAUUCCGGACCGCCACACCGGGCUUGCCGUCCAAAUACAUAUGCAAAUUCGAGGACGCGCGGGAAGUGGGGGUGGCGUUGCGCGCCUGCCGCGACUGGAUUCCCGGGGACGAGGACACGCUCAAGCCCGAGGCGAUGGCGCUGGGGGAGGUCAUUGUCAAGGCCGGCAUCAUGCAGCUACCGUCCAACCCGCGUAUGACACUGUUGUACUCCUCCUUCCUCAUCGAUGUUCAAGGCAGCUACCAGUCAGGAUACACGCAGCUGCAGGCUGCCAAGCAGCAGUCCCCGGGACUGCUCGACCGCUUCGCCAUCUUCAGCCGCGAGCAAGAGCACACGCAGAAGGCUAGCGGCGUCAAUGGGGCGGGUGACGGCGUUGUGGACCUGGUGUCAUACGUCGAGUUCCAGCGCAGCCACAGGCUGGUGACGCGAGCUCACAAGGAGGCGCUUCUGGCGAUGCGCGCGUUCUGGAGCCUGUUGCUGCACUCACGCGUGUCCUUCAUGCGCCUUACACACGCCAUCAACCGAAUUGAGGUGUCCAUCCGCUCCGCCGAGCGCGCCUACCAGAGCGUGCUGACGCGCCACGGCCACAACGCGCGUUUGGUGCGGCUGUACGGCCGUUUCCUGGAAUCCGUCAAGUUCGACCCCUGGGCAGCCGCCAAGUGGUUCACCGAGGCCGACCGCCUGGAGGAGCGCGAGGAGCAUGCCAAGGAGGCCAUGCAGCUGGGCGGCGCCCUGGUGGCGCUGGGGGCCACCGCGGGGGGCGGGGGCGCCAUGGCGGUGGACGGCCUGGCAGCCCUGUUCAUCAACUCACAGGGCAUCAUCCAAGUCGCCACACCCGAGGUCCACGCGCUGCUGGGGUAUGCCAAGGGCGAGCUCAAGGACCGUGACGUUGCGUGCAUCAUGCCGCCGCCCUUUGGGGACAGGCACAAUGCCUACCUGCGCAACUACAUCCAGACGGGCGUCUCCCAUGUGCUGGACCGCACUACGGACUUUGUGGCGCUCACCAAGACACGCAGCGUGGCGCCCAUCAGGCUGCGCAUAAGCAAGAUGUCGGGUCUGAGCGAGGACAGCGUUUUCAUGGGCGUCAUGGAGCCGCUGCCGCCCCAGCCUGGCGUGGUCCGCGCCUGGGUGAUGGGCAACGGCGGCGGCACGGCGGGUGCCACGGGUAACACGCUGAUCGCAGCUGAAGAGGGCUUCUACGACUGGCUGGGCUAUGGCCCCGGAGAGCUGCUGGGGCAGCCGCUGUCGGCACUCGUCAAUGAUGCGCCCACUGUGGAUGUCGUUAUCAAGGAUCUUCAGCAGGCGCUGCUGACGCCGCCCAUCGCAACCAAGGCCACCGCGACAGCUGCUGCGGCAGUUGCUGCUGGCCGCUCCCGCCGUCGCACGAUGGACCCGUCUGGCGCUGGCUUGCAGCAUGCCGCAGGAACCACAGUGCAGCAUGGCCAGCCGACGGGUGGCGAUCCAAAUUCAGCCGGGAUUGUGCGCUUGGGCAGCAGCAGUGGGUUGGGUGAGGAUGGGGGAGGAGACGGGCACAUCAUUGGUGGCGGCGGCGGGAAGGCUGGAACACCAACCCAACUGGUUGGUGGCUUUAAUCUCGCAGCGCUCUUGCUUGCUCGUGACACUUACGGGAAUGCCGGUGGCAACACCAAUGAGAGCCGUGAUGGCCCCGACCAUUCCGCGGCGGGGUUUGGCAGCCGCCACAUUGACGUCGAUCGUGGCGAACGCCGUGACGCGCCCAAGCAGCCGACAGCAACGCUGCCACUGCUUGAGUGGCGCCAUAAGUACAGCGGCUCCAUCCCUCUCACCACCAUACUAACUGCAGACGCAUUUGGCUCUGUUCGCUACGUGGUCAUUUCGCUGCAUACUGACCCCAACGCAAACGGCGCCGGAGCGUCUAUGGCCGGAAAGGCGAUGCCACCCACCGGCAUAGAUGAGCAGUCUGCCACAGGCUUCGCGCUCAGCGGCAGCGCGAUAACCUCACGGCGGCCUCCUCCUACUCACGGCGGGCAGGGCGCGCUCGACUCUCGGCCGCAACUUCUGCGCUCGCCUGCAGUCUUCUCGGAGCUUAUGCUGGUUGCAGAUGGCAAAGGCCGCCUGCUCCACGUGACGGCUGCCAUGGCCGCGGCUCUGGGCCGGUCUGUGGAGAGCGUGCGCAAUGCCGGUCUGGCAGCGCUGAUGCCCGAGCCGUACGGCCUCAUACACCGUCCGUGGAUGCACCUGCUGGCGGUUCCCCCGGGCAAGUCCUGGGGCGACAACGUGGCCGCUACUGCGAUUAGCCACGGCGCGCCACAUCCUCCUCCGUACAGCUGCCGCAGCGGCGUGACACUGAGCCUGUGCGGCUAUGACGAGAGCGAGGGGCCUGUCGAUGUGCCAUUCCGCAUGCGGGUACAGCAGCGACUGAGCUCGACGCCUAAGGGCCCCGGGCGCGUGCAUGUCAUGGCCUUCGAGCGCCGCACGCGAAAUCAGGCCAUGGCUGAGCGGCGCAUGCGGUUGACGGUGGACCUGUCCGGCACCAUCACCGCCGCCGACCCCGCGCCCGCCUCGUUGUUCGGCGUGGACCCACGCCAAAUGGUUGGCCGCUCGCUGGCGGACCUGGUGGACGUGUUCCAGCUGGCGGCACAGGUGCAGGACCAGCAGGAGCAGGAGCGUAGGGAGCUAACCCAGGGCCAGCAGCUGGGAGCCGACCGGCGGAAGGACACCGGCAGUGGUACCUUAGAGCAACAAGAGGCGCUGGUAAAGUUGCUUGCUUCGGCGCCUGCCGUGGAGGGGCGUACAGCCAGCUCGCAGCCCGGCUCGAUGCGCAGGACGGGCACCCUGGCGCGUGCAGACAGCAGUGUCGUCGACCUUACUCGGUUGGACAGCUCUGGCUCAGUUGUGGCGCAAGACGCCGCCGCUUCGGGUGUUGCGGCAGCCCAGCUGCACCCAUCCAGUGUGGCCGCUGACUCGCCGCUAGCCGUGGCGGGGGAUGACCCGGAUAAGCUGCUUACGCUGCUGAUGCUGGAGCUUUCCAAGAGGGGGUCCUCGGCCGAGGGCAUGAGCUGGCGAGUGGGCGUCAGCCUGCCGGCCGACGACAGCGCCGACGCUGAGUUGCAGCGGCUGCGCGCCGCGCUGGGCGACAAGCACGUGGCUGCGGCAGCGGCGGCAUUGGGCGCCAAGGUGGUGCCGGCGGUCAUGGUAGUGCGCAUGGUGCGGCGGCCGCACGCAACGGCGCCGGCAGCUUCGUCCACUGCCUAUCCAACAAGAAUGCCGGGUGGCGGCAGCGCGUACCCUAGCGGUGGCGGACUGAGGAGCGGGGCGUCGCUCGCCAUUGCGGCACCACAAGGCGGUGGUGCGGGGUUUCAGCCACAACAGCCAUACCAGCCGCAGCAGCCACUAGUGCACCCGCCAGCGCAGCAGCACUCCGGUGAGGCGCGGUAUGCGUCACCAGCGUCAAUGGAGGAGCAGCAGGCGCAUCAGCAGCAGCACGUGGACAGGCUUCUUAACAGGUUCGCCUACACUGUCCUCGGGACCGCGUACAAUGGCGGCGAUGGAUCCGAUGCUGGCCUGGUGCCUGGCAGCAGCAGCAGUUCAGGGCAAGUGGUUGCAGAAGCGACCGAUGGCAGGAUAGCCUAUGCUGCAUACGGUGCACAUGAAGGCCUGCCGCCACCACCAGGCGCACCCCUACCGCCUGCACCUCCCCAUGCACCGUCUGUCGAGGCAUCGACAGCCGCCGUGCCGAAUCCCGGUCAUCGCUCGGCUGAGCACCUCAGUGGGCCCUCUCCCGGGGGUGAACAAUCGGACAGCAGUUCACCUGCCGAUGGCCACAGCAGCCCGGUACGCUCCUCCCGUGGCACAGUCCUGCUGCCGCCAGUGGAGGGAACAGCAGAGGCAGCUGUGUUGAGCAAGCGGCACUCGCAGUCUGCAUCGCUCAAAGCCCAACCACAGGCCUCUCCGUACAUGCAGUCACGGCCGCAGCCGCGCAAGCAGCAGCCGCGCCCGGUGAAGGACUGCAGUGGCAACAGCAUGAACCCUGAAGCUAGUACCCAGGACCACAGCCAGCGUUCGCCUCAUGCAUCGCCACCGCCGCAGCCGCCACAAGACCAGCCAGCACCGCAGCAUCUCAGCACCAUCUACCCGUCGGUUGAUGAGAGCCAGCAGCAUUUACAGAAGCCGCCAGCGCAACCGUUCGGCGCGCAGCGCCACGCCUCGCAGCAGACACAGGAGGAGGCGCCGGGACAGCAGCCAGGCGCAUCAUUGCCGUUGCGCAGCAUGCGGUGCGCCACCCCCAUGCCUUCGCCCCAGCCUCUUGCUGCUGCUGGGCACCACGUACACGCACACGUGCAGCCGGUGCAACCGUAUCUGCCGCCAAGCCAGCAGCCACCGUACCCGCACAUCAGCGCCGCCCCCCCGGCAGCCACUGCGCGUUACAUGCCCUCGCUCCGGUACACGCACCACCCCGAGCCGGUGUGGUCGCCACAGCAGCAGCGCCCGUACCACCAGCAGCCCUGGCAGCCAGCACCUCAAACGCAGCAGGCCCCGGCCUUGGACGCAGCAGCCCUGGCGCCCAGCCUGCGGCUUGAGGUGGAGCUGUGGCGUGCGGACCUGCUCGGGGGCGUGCUGGAGCUGGACGCCCGCGGCCGGGUGGCGCGGGUGGACCCACACGACUCGCUGGGCCGGGCGGGCCUGAUUCUGGGCAGCCCCAGCGGUGGCCUCCUGAAUGCCAAUAUCGCGACCCUACUGCCGCUGCCGCCCGCCGGCGCCGCCGCGUUUCUGACCAUGCCGCAGCCCGCUGCCGACACUAUUGGCAGCCGCUCGGCUCCGGUGCUCCGUGGCGCACUGAAGCACCGCUCCGGCGAUGCUGGUCGGUCGGGGGUCGUGGGGCCGCCCCUCGUGCUUACGGCGCGCCAUGCCGGUGAUUGCUGUGAGGUCCAGCUACGGCUGCAGGCCGUACGUCGCACGGGGGUGGACGGCGGCAUGUACAUCGUCCUGCGCCCGCAUCGGCCAACGCCGGUGCAGCCAGGCUUUGUGCGAUGGCUGGCAGCAGGGGAUGCCGCUGGGCUGGUGCCAAAGACCAUGCUGCCACCCAUCCGUGGUGACCCUGCCGGCAGCGGGAGCGGAAGCGCCGGUGGCGAGGGCGGCGGCACGGUCAUACCAGGGGCCCUUGCUACAUCCACAGGCCCUGUAGCCGCAGUGGCUGCAGUGCCACUGGCGCCGGCCGCCUUCGCGUCGACCCCUGCCACCUCAACGGGCAUGCACCGCGGCGGCAGCAGCAAGGCGAUACCAGCACGGUCCAGCAGCAGAGCGCUGGCGGCAAGGGUGGCCGCGGCGGCGGCCAUUGGUGUUGAUGGGGCCGACGGGACAAGCUCUGUGAGUCCACGCACCAUUGCAGCGCUGAAGCCAGGUACCUCUGCCGGAAUAACUUCUGAAGUACUGCUGGCGCUGAGCGCUGCGGCCGCAGCUGCGGUUGAUACUGCUAGACCCUUCACCGCAGCCGCUGCGGUUUCAGCAGCGGAGCCAUUGGCCCUGUCACCGCGUGCUCGGCCUGCGUCCUCUAUGCCGCGCCCGAACCUCACAGCAGCAGCAACUCAGACAACAGUUUAUGCCGCAGCCGCACACGGCGCCGAUGCAAGCGCUACGUCUCCGGGCGGUGGGCAGGAGCCGCCCCCGGCGGCAUGGCCAGGAGGCGUGGCAGCAAGCCCGGCGGUCGUUGCUGCGACUGCGGCUGCGGUGGCGACGCUGCUCAAAGACACGGCACCACUGCCGUCUCCUCAGCGGCAGCAACCCUCGCACCAUGCACACCGCUCCGAACGCCGGUGGCCGCUGCCGGUGUUGGCGAAUGGGGACGUGUCUGCGGAGGCUGCAUCGGCGCAGCGGCGGCACGACCUGCUUGCGCGUAGCCGUCGGGGAUCGCAACUAUCACGUGUGGAGUCAUGGGUACUCAGCAGCAUCGGCAUCGACCCAGAGGCUCAGAAGCACGCGGCUGUUGUGUCCCCUUCAAGCUCGCGUGACCUACCCGGCGCCGUCCCUGCUGCACCGGGCUCCGCUGCCAGUGCCGACGCUGCUGGCAGGCCCGCAGCCCAAGAGGACUCCGACCUUCAAGACGACCAAGACGUAGGCGGCACAACCGGCGGGCUCCUCGAAGACAGCAGUAGCAGUAGCAGCGGCUUAAGUGAUGACCAACACCGGCACGUGGACGCAGACCCAUACGCUGAAGAUAACGUUAUUCUUGACAAGCUGGAGGACAUGGGCGGGAAAGCGCACGGCGGUGGGGACGGCAAGGCGGCUUUGGGAUCACCGCAGCCAGCAGAAGAUGGGGCCGGCGCUACGCAGCUGCGCGAAGACGCGUUGCUUGACAGCGCGCUACACAGCAACCAAGGCCGGGGCGGCAGGGGUGGAUCGGGGAGCGAAGUGGGCUCGGACGCGAGCGGCGUCGGCACUGCCUUUGGCGCGGGCAAGCGCUUCAAGCGCCUUUACCGACUGCUCAUGGGGCCACCGUCGCAGGCUCACUCCAGCAGGCUGUGGAGGCGGCUGCUGGCGGUGGUGGGCGCCAUUUUGGUCAUCCACACGAUCACCUUCGCCGUGAUGGUGUCGCGGCUGAACCUGCAGCUCAAUGACAUCCGUGAGCUCAAUGACGUCGGUGCCGCCGCCGCACGCAUGCACGACAUCGCCAUCAAUGCGCGCACGCUGGCCACCCUCUACGCCACACAUACGGACGCGGUGCGAGCUGGCAACGCCGCCGGCAUCAAUGCUUCAUCCUACAAUUUUACGCCAGCAGCGGGCAUACAGGUGUUCGGCGAGGACUUGGCGAUCGCCUCUCGGCGCGUGCUCGCUCAGCAGAUGGAGGAGAUGACGCUCGAGCUCAAGGAGCUGCAACAAGACAUUUUCCUGGGCAAGCGCAAGUCGCUCCGCAUGCCGAUUGGCUUUGGCUUCCGGGACAUUUGGGAGCUGCCCCGACUGCCGGUGGUUGAUUUCUACAACCGCAAUGACAACAUCACCGGUCAGUUGUUCUCAGCAGCGGGCUACAGCUCCAAUGGCAGCUUGAUCCUGGAGCCAGAGCUGAUACGCGAGACUGUGCCGAUGGGUCUGUGGCGCGCGAGCAACCUGUUCGUUGCAGCAGCCCUGGAGCUAGCGGAGACCGCCGAGGCCUACGUUGCGGCGGGCGUGGAUUUCUCCGCCCUUGCGUCCUACAACUUUGUCGUGUACAACGGCAUGGAUGUGCUGUGGCCGGCAUACCAGGACUCCAUCGACGCAGUGGUACAGAUUACUAUAAGCAAUGGUCGCGCUGUGUACUCUCUUAUGCUGAUCAUCCUGGCGAUCGAGGGUGUGCUUAUCGGCGUUGGGGCCGCCGCCAUCGUCUGGUACGAGGCGCAGCAGUUCACCAGUUACCACUACAAGCUGUACACGGUUUUCGUGUUGGUGCCCAUGGCGCUGGCGCGGGGCCUGGCCAACAUGUCCAUAGAGCUGGAGCCGGAUCAUGAUGACGAUGAUGCAUUGCUUGAUGCAAACAUCAUGGAAGCAGCCGUGACGGAGGGCCGCGGUGCUGAUGGUGGCGGUGCAGGCGACGGCGACGGCAGCCUUGGCAGGCAUGAAGCCGACGACCUUGGCAUGGGCGGAGGCGUCGGUGCAGUGUUCUUGCCAGAGGCGCUGGCUGGGCAGGGGCUAGGCGGUGAUGGCAGCGGCGCUCCCACACCUGCCAAGCCACGAACGUUGCGCAUCCAGAGUGCUGCGCGCCUGAUGGAACCGCCGCGGCCGUCGGUUGACUUGGGCCGAGGGUAUGAGCGCAAGGCCGCCUAUGCCUCAAGCUCUGGUGGAGCUUCUGAUGCGGAGGCUGUGGCUGCUGCCGCCGCGGCAGCAGUAGGUGCUCGGGAAACAGGUGGCAACGGUCCGCGUGGAGGCGGAGGCACCGUAUUCAGACCCUCUGCUAUGUCUUUCACGGCGCUGCGCGGCAUGUCGCGGUUCCUGAGCUUUGGUGGCGCAAGCAUCAAGGUCCAGCCGGUGGGAGCCCGCGCCGCCAAGCCUCCCCGGCGCAAGCUGGUGGCCUCACGACGCCUGGCCAUCCUGCUGGUGCUUCCCUUCUUGGCGUGGAGCCUGGUGCUGGUAUCCAUUGACCUCAGCGUGUUUGCCACGCUCAACGGCAACGAUGGCCCCAUCGCCAGUCUGGGCAUCCUGCACACUACUAUCAGCCGACUGGACAGGACGCUCUACUACGCCCUGGACUUAGCUGCCUCUUCCGGCAACGCCACUGCCGCUGCUGCUUCCCAUGAGGCGCUGUCCCUUGAGAUCUUGGAGGCGCAGGUGGAGUACGACGUGCUGCUGCAUGGCAGAGAGGCACUGGGCUGGGCUCCAAGAAACUUCACUCACCGGCCGCACCUGGAUCAAGAGACCCGGGGCAUCGUGUGGAGUGGCCACACAGUCACCAACAUCCUGUACGGGGAGGGCCAGUGUCUCUGCUUCGAUCCAGUCGAAUGCCAGCCGCUGACCUCGCCCUACUACCAGCUGACCUCCAACGGGUUGCACCUGCUCGUGAUGUCUUUGCUCAAGUCUGGCCAUUCGCUGUUAGCACAGACGGCCGGCGGUGGCAGUGCGGCAGCGGGGCUUAAUGCAACAGAGUUCAGGUUUAUCUGGACCACGCUACAGAAAGAUGGCGAGGAAGGCAUGUAUCGCCUCAUCAAUAUCUACCUCAAGGAGGUGCAGAGGGCAUACGAGGCCGCCGAGACAAAGCAGAUCAUUCUGUUUGUGCUGGCGGUGGUUUGGGCGGUUGCUUUCGUGUGGCUUCAGCUGCGGCCGUUCCUACGCCGCGCCCGCCUCGAGAUGCGCCGCAUCGCGGAGCUGCUCAGCCAGCUGCCGCCCGAGCUGGAGGUGGAGGCGCUAAUGACGCGAUUGGUCAUGAGUUGCUCGGCCAAAGGUUCCAGGCUGGCUCCAGGUGCCGCGGCUGGGGCGGGCGCGAAGAAGCCAGUCGGCAUGGGUGGAAGCGGUGACGCAACCGGCGGGGUUGCGACAGUCGCCGACAUUGCCGAAGCUGGGCCGGGUGUGGUUGGUGGCGGGCGGAGAGGUUCACAGUUGAACCUGAUGAACGGUGGAGCGACUUGGGCUGGCGUCAACCUCAACAGGGGCAACGCAAGUAUGAAAGGCGGUGUUGGCAAAUGGCAAGUGUCCAAGGAUUGGUAAUUCAUUAUGUGGAUCUGGCGAGGUGGCAUGUUAUUGGAGUGUGCGUUGUUCAGCGGCAAGCGGGUGUGGUGCUGUGACACCCGCGGGGCCAUGCAGGCGGGCAUCGCGCCCCUAGCUCGCUUAUGUGUGGUGGAUGGCGGGAGGCAGGUGUAGCGUGACUGGUGAGAUGAGUGAAGGUGCAGGAAUGACACGAUAUGUGGCUCCCCUCGAAGGGCGGGAAUGAAAACUCCCCGGGGUACCAAGCCCUCCAGGAUCACCGUUUCCGUGCAGGUGUGUGUGAUGUGGGUGAGUGGGUGUGCAUUGAAGUAAAGCUAGCGCAACCUAUACAUCUCUAGCACGACCCUGGCACUAACUACCGGUAUGUCAUGUUGAUCUGGUUGACGUUCGGCAGCAGACAAUGGAAAUAGUGUGGGCUGACGUUUCCUCUCUCAGAAAACCACGUCCCUGGCAGGGGGGGGUAGCCAUCCAUGGGAUGGUGUGUAUCAAAUAUGAAGUGGGGGGGUAGUCUCGACUGGGAAAGGCCCCAUGUUCUCAAACGAAAGAGCUUGACGAGAGGACUCCAAAUCCACUUUGAGCGUUUCAAUCAGGGUAGUUAUUGCAAAGUUAUGGGCCCUCAAAGUUCAGGGUCGGUCGUCGGGGUUGGGGGUCCCCAAGGUUUCGUCACGCGGAUGUGGGUGGGACUGCCAGAUUUCGUCUCCGCGCCCUAAACGUCCCUUUAAAAGCUCCGCCCAAUAGCACAAGCACUAGCACACAUUAGCAUGCACAUACUAAAGCAUUUGCAUUACGUUUGGCCUCAGGAAAGCGGCCGCAUGUCCGUCCACAUCAGCAUCGUAGCAGCUUAGAGCCCCGAUCGAGCGUCUCUCAUUGGUGUCAUGGAGACUAUGCGAACUGAUGCUAACUUGUAACGGCCAAGGCUU